AUGGUUCAUUUUGCAGCAGCAGGAAAUGAGAAAUGGGUUAAAUUUAUCUUUGAAAAGGUGAAGGAAAAAUCGUUUACUGAACAACACUAUCUAUCUUUAAAUGCAGCUUGUGAAUGUAACCAUAUAAAUAUUGUUGAAUUAUUACUUAACGUCAACGUUAAACCCGACAUUAAAAGUUGCUUCCAUGCAGUUCGAAGUGGAAGAAUUGAAGCAGUAAAUUUAUUAGUGGCUCGGGGUGUCGAUCUGAGAGAUCGCACAUACUCCCUUACACAUCACUGGCGAAACAAACCGGACACAAUAUCUGUGCUGGAUGAAGCUUGUCUCACUGGUCAAAAUCAUCUUGUACUAAAUUUACUGGAUAUUUGUCCAGAUCUUCUUUACACAAAAAACGAAAGAGGGGAAUUCAGCUUAUUAUUUGUUGCAUAUGCAGGAGCCACAGAAACUUUGCAGAUUUUGAUUGAAAAGGGUUUGAAUCCAUAUGAAAGAUCGUCUAUUGAAUCUACAAUAUUACAUUGUGCAUGUCAGAAUGGUAAACUAGAGACAUUCCUAUAUAUCAUAAAAACAUAUCCUGAUUUGUUAGAAGAGGACUACAAUAACUCAACUCAAGGAACUCUGCUACAUCGAACGGCUGAAGGAGGAAAUCUGGAAAUACUGAAAAUUCUUGUCGAGAAGGGCAAAAAUAUAUACUGUAGAACAAGGGAUGGAAAAACUGUCUUGCAUAAAGCGUGUAAGGACGGAAGAUUUGACAUGUGUAAGUAUUUAGUGGAUACUUACCCAGACCUGCUUCAAAUGUGCGACAGUGAAGGGCGAUCUCCGCUUCAUGAUGCCGGGCUUGGAGGCAAUGUUGAGAUAUUCGAAUUCCUCAAAGAAAGAGGUUUGAAUGUGAAAUAUGUUUGCAAUGAAGGGAAAACAAUCCUUCAUUACGCUUGCACAAACGGAAGAUUAAAAUUCUGCAAAUACCUUGUUAGAGAAUAUCCAAAGUUAUUGGCAGCGAGGGACAACAAAGGUGUUCAUGCUAUCCAUGAAGCUGCUUGGAGCGGAAUAGUUGAACUUUUAAAAUUUUUAGUCGAAGCCAAGAAGGACCGAGGCAUACGCGAUAAAACAUUCGAUGGACGAACAGUGCUACACCAAGCGGCAGAAGGAGGACGUUUGGAGAUGUCUAAAUAUUUGCUGGAUAAAGAACCAGAUCUUCUGCGAGAGGUGGACAACGAAGGAAUGUCGGUUCUACAUACAGCAGCUUUGGGGGGAAACAUUCGAUUAUUUCAAAUGUUGGUGGAUAGGGGUCUUCUUCCAACCGAAAAGACAAAAUGUGGACAAUCAGUUCUACAUCUGGCUUGUAAAAAUGGGAAUUUGUUAAUGAGCAAGUAUCUUGUUGCAAAAUAUAACCAGCUUUUGGGUGAUGCGGAUAACGAAAAUAACACCGUGGCACACUCCGCGGCAUAUAGUGGAAAUACUCAACUAUUUGUUAUAUUACAGGAAAAUGGAGUGAACGUUCAAGCUAAAUCAAAUAAGGGAGAAACCCCUUUGCAUGUGGCCAGUGAACAGAGUAAAAUAGAUCUUUGUAGACAUCUUCUUAAAACAAGUGAAAACGAAGAUUUGGUCAAAAUCAAAGAUAAAGACGAUAUGAGUGUUUUACACAGUGCCGCUGCUAGUGGAUACAUUGGUCUUUUCAAAUUAUAUAUCGAUCGAGGUUUAAGUGCAGUCGAUUUCACAAGAGAAGGGAAAUCGGUUUUAAGCUACGCGGCAAGAAACUGUAGAAUAGAAAUGUGUAAAUACAUUGUUGAAAAGUAUGGCGAGUUGGUAUGGCAUAUAGAUAACCUAGGUGAAAAUGUGCUGCAUGAUGCAGCACGAGGUGGAAAUAGCGAAGUGUUCGAAAUAUUCAUUUCACAUGGCUUAAGUGCUAACACCAAAAGUAAAAACGGAGAAACUGUGCUCCAUAUUGGUUGCUCAAAUAACAAAUUCAAAUUUUGUGACUUUGUUCUAGAGAAAUAUCCGAAGUUGUUGGAAGAAGAGGACAAAUUAGGUCGAAAAGUACUAAGAGACACCUCUCAAGAUUCCCUACAAAAUCAGUAUCGGUUUAUAUGCUCAAGCAUCGAAAAGGAAAGCGGAAAUUUAGAAAUAAGUCAUGCGACUGCGUCCUCAGAGGAUGAAAUUUCAAGAUUGUCACCUAAAUCAGAAGCUUCUAUGGAACCCCCUAAGAAAAUGCAAAAAUUCUGA